ACGAUACUUUGGAUUCUUUGAACCGGCGAACAGAUUUGGAAAGAUGUGCUUGAUUCAUGGUUCAACUAUGGAUUGUUUGAAUAGGCGAACAGAUCUGGAAAAGGAUGCUUGAGACUCAUGACAUUUACAAAUUGAUUUUAUAUUUCUUCAACACAUUUUCGGAGAGACAGUAAAGAUGAGUAGGCAAAUUGUUCGAGGGUUUAUUUUAUUUAAGUAGCGUUUCUAUAUUUUUCAAAUUCCAACUGCAAUUACGAUAACUGAAGUUACAGGUUGAAAGUAAUUAUAAAUAGCUGUUCCCAUACUCCUUUGAGAAGUACAUUAAAUUUUGAUUCAAUCCAUACAUUGUGAGCUUUUACUUGCUUUUCAAUGGCUCCUCCACCUACAGUUGCAAUUCCCCAGGUUUCUGAACAAGAAGCCCAGAUCGAGAAGCUAAAACUGUAUGACAUAAUGCUGGGCUCAGCCAAGCCCAUGGCUGUGAGAGCUGCUGUUUUGCUGAAUAUUCCGGACAUAAUUGCUGAGGCUUCAGGCUGUCUUAGCGUAGAAGAAAUUGGUGCUCAUAUUUCAGCGUCCACCGGCAAAGAAGAAAGCCCCCCGCACAUAGAAUAUCUGUUUCGUCUUCUGAGAUUUCUAGCCUCCCAGGAAGUCUUUAGUGAGAUCCCACACCAGGAGGACUUCAGGCAAACUAGAUAUGGCCUCACAGGCCUCUCUAAAUUACUUGUUAAGGAAACAAGAAAAGGAGGUGUGUCGGUGCAAAACUAUGUUCCAUGGUUGUUGGCAUUCAACAAUGAUAGUUCCCUCAAGGGAUGGCUGCAUCUGCAUGAGUCUGUGUUAGAAGGGAGCAGCGCCUUCAGUAAGGCUUUUGGUAUGAGUUAUUGGGAGUACGUUGCAAACAAUCCUGAAGCGAACAAGACAUUGAACGAGGCCAUGUCCUGUGACACUCGUGCUGUCAUGUCUAGUGUUGUCAAGAUUUAUGAGGACGGAUUUAAGAAGAUAAAUUCUUUGGUUGAUGUUGGGGGAGGUCUCGGCUCUGCCUUGUCCAUUAUUGUCGACAAUCACAAACACAUUAGAGGAAUUAAUUUCGACUUGCCUUAUGUCAUUGCUUCUGCACUUCCUAUCGCUGGAGUACAACAUGUGAGUGGCAAUAUGUUUGAACACAUUCCAUCAGCUGAUGCAAUUUUUAUCAAGUGGGUUUUGCAUGAUUGGAGCGAUGAUGAUUGUGUAAGAGUGUUGAGAAGGUGCUAUGAGGCUAUACCAGAAAAUGGAAAAGUUAUAAUCGUUGAUGCUCUUAUUGUUGAAGGAAAAAGAGAUGAAGAUAACAAAGAAAAUCUUCAAAGGGGAGUGGGCUUGGCAUUUGAUAUGGAAAUGAUGCUAUUGAGUACUGGUGGAAAGGAGCGAACAGAGAUGGAAUUUAAACAAAUUCUUAUCAAAGCGGGUUUUAAAAGCUACACCAUCUUCAAAUUACCAUCUAUUCAAAACAUUAUUGAGGCUUCCAAGUUCUAAACCAAUAGAGUGUUUGUUCUAUAGCCACAUUAAUAGUGAUGAAUUAGAUGCUCCAUGCAUACAUUCAAAGUACUUUGUUAUAAAUAAAUUACCAUCAUCACUUAAAGGAAUGAUAAAUGCAUCAUUCUUUUAGGGGAGAGUCAAUUACUUGUUCUUAGAGAUCUUUGGAUUGGUUUAGUUUCAAACCACCUUGAGUUAGUUGAUCUUUUGUUGUUCUUUUUCUUCCUUAAUAGUGAUGUGAGUGUUGUGGGUUGCUUCUACCCCAUGGGUUAUUGUUUUUUAUGGUGGCCAUCAAAGUAAUACUUUUUAUCAGUUUUCUAUAAGGUUCGGGGUCCUUUCAAAACCUACCUUUUAUCUUCUAUAAAAAAUGGUUUUUAAUUGUACGCA